AUCUUCUUUUUUUCCCCUUCGUUCCUCUUUCUUAGUCUCUAUAAAUCUCCCCCUCUUCUCCCAUUAACGGUGAGGCUUCGUCGGAUCUCAUCAAACUUACGCGCCCCUCCGACGACUUUCUCAGUUUAUCAUCGCCGGCAGGUGGACUGUUUGAAUCGAAUUUAACCGAGAUGGAGUCACUCGGACUAAGAGCUGUUGGUUCACACUGUUCUUUAUCAGAGAUGGACGAUCUUGAUCUGACUAGAGCGUUAGACAGACCGAGGUUAAAGAUCGAACGGAAGAGAUCUUUUGAUGAGCGGUCAAUGAGUGAACUAUCGGCUGGUUACGGUAGACACGACGGUUUCCACGAUUCUCCAAGAGGCAGGUCGGUGCUCGACACACCUCUUUCUUCUGCUAGAAACUGCUUUGAGCCUCAUCCUAUGAUGGCUGAGGCUUGGGAAGCUCUAAGGAGGUCAAUGGUCUUCUUCCGUGGCCAUCCUGUUGGUACCCUCGCAGCUGUCGAUAACACUACCGACGAGGUCUUAAACUACGACCAGGUGUUUGUGCGUGAUUUUGUACCGAGUGCACUGGCGUUUCUGAUGAAUGGAGAAUCGGACAUAGUGAAACACUUCUUGCUCAAAACACUUCAUCUUCAAGACUCUGAGAAGCGUGUGGACAGGUUCAAGUUAGGAAAAGGUGUGAUGCCUGCAAGCUUCAAGGUGCGUCACGACCCUGUACGAGAAAAAGACCACCUCAUUGCAGAUUUUGGUGAAACCGCCAUUGGACGAGUGGCCCCUGUUGAUUCAGGGUUCUGGUGGAUUAUUCUUCUCCGUGCUUACACCAAGUCUACAGGAGAUUUGACUCUCUCGGAGACACCAGAGUGUCAAAAGGGAAUUAAACUGAUCCUGUCUUUGUGCUUAGCUGAAGGGUUCGACACAUUCCCUACUCUGCUUUGUGCGGAUGGAUGUUCCAUGAUUGAUCGAAGAAUGGGCGUUUAUGGGUAUCCAAUUGAAAUCCAAGCGUUGUUCUACAUGGCUCUGAGAUGUGCCUUGUCGAUGCUAAAGUCUGACGGAGAUGGUAGAGAGUGCAUUGAGAAGAUCACUAAGCGACUUCACGCCUUGAGCUUCCAUAUGCGCAAUUACUUCUGGCUUGAUCACCAGCAGCUCAAUGACAUUUACAGGUACAAGACUGAAGAAUACUCACACACCGCAGUGAACAAGUUCAAUGUAAUGCCGGACUCUAUACCAGAUUGGGUUUUUGACUUCAUGCCUCUCCGGGGAGGCUACUUUGUGGGCAACGUAGGACCUGCCCAUAUGGACUUCCGGUGGUUUGCACUCGGCAACUGCGUCUCCAUACUCUCUUCCUUGGCCACUCCAGAUCAGUCCAUGGCCAUUAUGGACCUUCUUGAGCACAGGUGGGCUGAGCUUGUAGGCGAGAUGCCACUCAAGAUUUGUUAUCCUUGCCUUGAAGGCCAUGAGUGGCGCAUCGUCACUGGCUGUGACCCCAAGAACACUCGGUGGAGCUACCACAACGGCGGUUCCUGGCCAGUUUUGCUGUGGCAGCUAACGGCAGCGUGCAUUAAAACAGGAAGACCGCAAAUUGCAAGACGUGCGGUUGACCUAAUAGAAUCGCGUCUUCACAGAGACUGUUGGCCAGAGUAUUACGACGGCAAGCUCGGGAGGUACGUCGGAAAACAGGCUAGAAAGUACCAGACCUGGUCAAUAGCUGGUUACUUAGUGGCUAAAAUGUUGCUAGAAGAUCCUUCACACAUCGGUAUGAUAUCUCUCGAAGAAGACAAACUCAUGAAACCAGUUAUCAAGCGAUCUGCCUCUUGGCCGCAACUUUAA